AAUCCGUUUCUUGUUUGAACAAUUCAAUUUAUUUACCGUCUUAGUAAAUUACUUGUGACUCGUGUAUUGGUGUAUAAAAGUAGUGUAGCAUUGUUUAGUGCUUAUAAAGUGUAGUGAUUGUUUAAAGCAUUUUAUACAGAAUUGUAAAAAUGUCAGACACCGAACAGAAAGAGGCAAUAGCCGCGCGUGGUCGCGCCAAGGGGUCAAUUACACGUUUAAAAAACAGCUUUGACCGAGAAGCGCUCAUAAAUUCGCCGAUAGAGUUAGUGCUAGCAAAGAAAACUAGGCUUCUAGAGGCCUUUCGUGAAUAUGAGCGCCUCACUAGCAAGGUUGCCUCGCUUUUUUCCUCCCCACCAGCUACUCUCGCCACCGACGAUGAGGAGGUUGAAGACAACUACAUUUUAUUGUUAGCUCAGCUAGAAAGUAUAAUAAAUGUCAUCCGCCUGAGAGACAACCCUCCUCAAGCGAGCCCUAGCGUAAGUGUCAAGUCGGAGAACCUCAAGCUGCCUCGAGUCGUCAUAAAAACAUUCACAGUUGUCAAACAGCAUCUUGCUGCUCUGCAAAACCUGGGUGAGCCGGUAGAUAAGUGGGAUGCCAUAAUCAUUUGCAUCCUAUCUAAGAAGAUUGACCUGCCUACCUACAGAGCAUUUCAACUGGAGCGAGAUAAUAAUGUGUCGCCCACGGUAAAAGAAUUCCUAGGUUACGUGGAAAAACGUGCCCUAGCAUUUGAAAACACUGACGUCCAGAAGGGGCCUUCGCAGAGCUUUGUCAGCCAUUGUGUAGCUGCACAAGCAAAGCCGUCCGCGCACCAGCCUCAGCUGCAAUGUUUAUACUGUAAGUGUGCACACAGAUUAUAUAAUUGCCCGAGUUUUAAUUUAGCUUCCAUUCAUAAACGCAUGGAGUUCGCUUCAACAAACAACUUGUGUAAGAUUUGUUUGUCGCAUCACAAGCGCAAAUGCAAAUUUCAUUUUCGGUGUAAGGUGUGCAAGCUACAGCACAAUAGCUUAUUGCAUCAAGACAAGCCUACUCCUUCUGUAACUUUGUCUGCAACAAGGAAUAGGGCCCAUAAUAUAGUUUUGCCUUCUGCUCGUGUCAAGCUGAUUACUAAGUCAGGGCGAGUAAUAUAUUGCAAGGCAUUGUUAGAUGGUUGCUCACAGGCAUCGUUCAUUACACAGAAGAUUGUGGAUAAAUUGGGAUUACCGAUGCAAAAUACUAGUUCUAAAAUAACUGGUAUCAAUAAUGCCAAGCAUGCGAUUGACAAAUGUAUAAACCUUGAUGUGCAUUCUGCUGUUUAUCCAUUCAAAAUAAAUGUCAAUUGCAAGGUUGUUGAAAAAAUAACAACGAAGUUGCCACAGAUUCCUAUUAACAAGUCGCACAUUACAUUGCCUACUAACUGCAAACUAGCCGAUGAGAAUUUUAAUAAGCAUGGUGAUGUGGAUUUGCUGCUAGAUGCUGGUGUCUUCUUUCAGAUUCUUCUGACGCAGACGAAGAAUAAUGGAGACCAAGCAACCAAACAGCCUAUCGUGACUGCGGGCACUCCAAGUACUUCCGCACCGAGCCUUACAACCUCGAGUGCUGCAGCUUCGAGUACUUCAAUAGCAUGCGCCGCUACGCCACAAGGCCCGACACUAGUGCAGACAUCAUUUGACGUGAUCAUCGGUGGUCGACUGCAGCUACCUGCAAGAAAAAAAUCCAAGCAGAACCUUAAGGACUUAACUAUAGUCAAACAUGAGAAAGCUCAAUUCCUUUCAGAUGAUUUAAGGAUGCUGCAAUCUGACAAGCAACUUAAAGACUGA